CUCGAUUACUCAAUAACUUUGAUAUGAGAAGUGCAUAAAAUAAAUUAUUCGAUUACUUUUAUCAUUCAGUAAUUACAGCUUUCUGAUAGCAACUAUACAAGUGACAACGUAAUCAUACGAAAAAUGAAAGUAUUCGCUUCUAUCUUUGCACUUGGUUUUAUUGGGAUUUUAGGUAACAUAGCUGAUUCAAACUCAGAAAACAGCGAGUACUUAAAACAAUGUAUGGCGGAAAGUGGUGUUGAUCAAACUUCCGUUGAUAAACUACAAGGCAGAGAAUGGGAAAUGAAUAACAAGAAACUUCAAUGUUACUCAAAAUGUUUAAUGAUAAAAAAGGGAGUCAUAAAUGAUGAUGGAACUUUGAACGAAGAAAACAUGAAGAAAGAUAUGACCCGUGAAUUUCCAGAUGGAAAAAUUGAUGAGGUCAUGAUGAAGUGCAAGGACCCGAAGGGUGCCGAUGCAUGUGAAAAUUCUUUGUUAAUUUUGAAGUGCUUUCUCGACUAUACUAUUUUUGCUAUGCAAAAAGAUAAAGAUAACUAAAAAUAAUUUUUAAUUUUUAUUUUAUUGUCUAAUUUAAAUUUAUGUACUGUCUAUUCUGCAGCAAUGCUCAUUAAUGAAAAAUAAACAAGAAAUUAUGAUAUACUAGUGUUUUUGUUGAAUAUUGAUGAAUUGAUAGCUUGUUUAAAAAUGUAACAUAAACAAUCACUGAAUUGUAAAUUUAGUACUGAUUUGCAGAAUUAUUAUCAGGACAACGUAACUAUCGUUGGAUUAGACCAUAAACAUUGGCUGGCAGGAAUAUCAGUAAUAUGAUAUGCUUACAAAGUAUUGUACUUCAAUAUUUGAGUGAGUGACUAUCAAAUUUCACGUCAUGAAUUAUUAAUAAUUAAAAUGGUAGAAUUUAUUAAAAUAAUAAUGCCUCGUUAAUUAAAUAUAAUAAAAUAAAUAAAUAAUGAAAUUUAGUUCUCGUGAUAAUUAAAUAAAUUCGUACAUUUUCAUAUUUUAGUAGCAAUAAUUAAUUACUUCACUGUUUGUUUGUAAAUUUGUAUUAAUUUUAUGCAUGUUAUUUAUACGGGGCAUGAUAAUAACGAAUAAUUAAAUAAUUACAUUAGUUAUAG